UCGUAACACUGGGACUAGUAAAGCAUAUCGACGCGCUGUUUAAAUUGUUGCUUUAAAAUCUUUCUACUAACAAUUAAUGUUUUGUAAUUUAAAUUAAUGUUUAUGAAUUAUUUGAUAAACCCAAAUUUCGCUAACAUGCGUGUAAGAACAUAGUAUUAACGAUUUCGGGAAAAAAUAUUUUACGCGCGCGAAAAGAAUAUAGCGAAGCAAAUAGAACUGAAGAUAAUCAAGAAUUAGAAGAUAACAUGGAAAACGCUGAUUUGGUGAUAUCUCAAAACGAUCUGCAUAUUGACUACAAAACACCAAAGAAAACUAGCUUGCUAAUCGAAAAUGAGGAAUUACUGGAAAAAAUUAAUAUAUUAACAACGAAACCAGAAAAUCACUCGUACAAUGCAAAGCUGCCGACAAUUAAGGAUUUUGUCAUCAUCAAGCCCAUUAGCCGAGGCGCCUUUGGCAAGGUGUUCCUGGGCUACAAACACAACGACCCAAACAAAUUGUUUGCCAUCAAAGUGAUGCGCAAAUCGGAGAUGAUUAACAAAAAUAUGGUUUCCCAGGUGAUAACAGAACGCAACGCCUUGGCACUGUCUCGUUCGCCAUUCUGUGUGAAUCUGUUCUAUUCGCUGCAAUCCGUGUCUUCCGUUUACCUGGUCAUGGAGUAUAUGGUCGGUGGCGAUCUGAAAUCACUGCUGGCCAUGUAUGGGUACUUUGACGAGCCGACUGCGCGCUUUUACGUCGCCGAAAUGGUCAUGGCAUUGCAGUACCUGCACCAGCACGGUAUCGUCCAUCGCGACAUCAAGCCGGAUAACAUGCUGCUCUCGGCGAGUGGGCAUGUGAAAUUGACGGACUUCGGUUUGAGCAAAAUUGAAUUGCGACGCGACUUGGAGAUAUCCGAUCUGAUCAAUUGCUCACCCAAUCUCAAUGCACGUACGCCGGGCCAGCUACUGUCGCUCACAUCGCAUUUAUCUUUUGGCUCGGAGAAGAAGCUGCAGGAAUUCGGUGCUAUAAGUGGUGUUCCUUUGGCUGUCACCGGCACGGGCACUUCAAAUCUUAUGCAAGCCAUUAAUAAGCAUAGUCAUGUCAUGGAGUCUUCAGAUAGCGAGGCGGACACAUCCCUUACCGAUGGCGAGAAAACGAGUGAUAGCAAAAUCUCUGGGGUUUCGCCAUUCUUUUCCGCCGAAGAGGUCAACGUGUCCGUUCAGCACACCUGCACCACAAACACCAACUUUUUGGACAGCAGCGCAUCUUCCUAUCACACGUGCACCUCAACAGAGAUUAGUAAAAUCUCGCCGCCUCUGGAAGCAACAGCCGCGGGCGGGGCUCCGGCAAAUACAAAGCGGCGGGUAGAAUUCCUUUUGGAUAGCAUUAUUAAAGAUGGCAGCGACAGUGACAGCGGACGAGAUCGUGUCAAUUGCCAGGGCUGCAAAAUGGCCGAACAGGACAAGGUCCACAUUGUCGCUAGCGGCGAUGAUAAAGACGUUGCCAAGUUGGAAAAUACAACCGAAGGCUCGUUUGAGUUUUCUAUGGUACGCAGGCGUUCGCUCGAUGAGCGCAACCGGAACUCGAAGUUACAAGAGGAUUCUGGCGUAUCUAGUCGAAAGGGUGACGAUAACUCGAGCUGUCAUUUAAAUUUAAACAGCGAGAGCACCGCAUCCUCCAUAGAAAAGAACACAGAUAAUCUGAGUCAAUCGAAGGACGAGUAUAGUUGCUCGGACUACUCACGCAGUUACAACAUGACAAAUAAUGCCAACGAGCUAAGUGGCAUACGCAUGAAUUCGCCGUUCCGCAAUCUCUCGAAACAUUUCAAGCGACCUGAGUUUCUGCGCGGCAUGAAGCGUAAAAUAAAUCUGGUCAAUCGCUCGGAGAACAAUUCAUGCAUGGAUGUGGAUGCCUCUAGCAGUGCGAGUACAAGCACUGGAUUGACCCAAGAAAUCGAGAUACUCAACAUUGGGAGCAGCACGCCCAAGAAGCGAAAGGCACGCUCCUCACCCAUACGGGGCGUACUGAAAGUGCGAUCACUAUCGGAUGAUGAGUUGCCCAUGCAACAUCUACUAGGAUCUGAGGCUAAUGUAGCCAAUGUGGUCUUCUCAACGCCUGUGUCCUCACAGAAGCUGCCACGUCGCGACGGUGGCCUGCUGGGCAAGCUAAAGGCAACACGUUUCGCCCUGCCCUUGUCCAUUGAAAAUAAAAAGCGUGAGCACAUGGCCGUGGAAAAACUAUCCAGUGUUCAGUACCAUCUAAAGUUGGCCGAUGAACCAACUAUGUCGCCCAUCAAUCAUGGCGGCGUCACUGUGCCCAAGACGCCAAAGAAUACUAUAAACGUAAAUACACCAUUUCGUACGCCAAAAUCUGUGCGACGAGGAAUGCGGGUCUCAAACGAGCGCAUCCUUGGCACACCUGACUAUUUGGCGCCAGAGCUGCUGCUGAAGCAAGGUCAUGGACCGGCUGUCGACUGGUGGGCACUGGGUGUGUGCUUCUACGAAUUCAUGACUGGCAUUCCGCCCUUCAACGAUGAAACGCCUCAGAAAGUUUUUGACAACAUUCUUAAUAAGAACAUUGAAUGGCCUGAAGGGGAUGAGGCUUUAUCGGCUGAUGCAAUGGAGGCUGUGGAGCUAAUGUUGACCAUGGAGCCCGCGGAGCGCCCAGCUGCCAGAGAGGUGCAGCAGAUGCGUAUUUUUGUUGGCAUCGACUGGGAGAACAUUGGGCACAUGGAGCCACCGUUUGUGCCUACGCCGGACAAUCCAACCGAUACCGGAUACUUCGACGCACGCAAUAAUAUGCAGCACCUGCAAUUAUCCAACUUUGCGAUGGAUGAUUAGAGAUUAGUUAACCCGUACGACUAGUUCUAUAAGCUAAGUGUUAUUUAUAUAGAUUGUGUAGCAAUUUGUAUUUGCCAGUUUUAUUUUAUAUAUAUAUAUAUGUUUUGAUUGUUAUCUUCGUUAGAUCAAUAUUUAUGCCCAUCCUAGUGCAUCUUAAUUAUAUUUCAUUUAAUACCUUCGAAAUAUCACACCUUCGUUGUAAAUUAUCAUGUAUAACGUUCGAUUUUGAUUUCGAUUCAAUUUUGUUACUGUAACUAAGCUUAAACAAAUAGCUUCAAGUAGGCACGCUAGUAACUGAUUAUACAAUUUUUGUCUCCAAGA